AUGCCGACACCGCCCUCGCGGGGGGUCGAACGGUCCCGACUCGACCCUUCACCGCCCGAACCCGACCUCACACCCGGCGAUCCUCCCUUCCGAUCCGCACAGGCCCUAGCCGAGAGCCGCGCGGCGAGCGCGCGCGACUCCCCCGACGCCCCCCGCCCGCUCCCGGCGCGGCCCCGGCCACCACCGGGCGGGGCCGUGGAGCUCGGGGUGGUGGAGAGCGACGAGGCGAUGGCGCAGCGGCUGCAGCGGGAGGAGCGCGAACGCGCGAACGCGUCGUCCCGGGACGCGUUCUACCCCAACAUGCCCUACGACCCGGCCCGGCGCGCGCCCCCCCCCUCGACGGUGGCGAACGACCCGCGACCGUCGUUCCUCGCGCCCGUGCCCCACCCCGCCCCGACGCCUGCGUUUUCGUUCCCGCGCCCCCCGGGGCCCCACCCGCCGUCCGCCCCUCCUCCCACCACGGAGUCCUUAGGUCGCCGCGCGAUGAACGACGAGAUCGCACUUAACACCGGCAAACCCGAAGGGACGUGGACCGCCCCCGUCCUCCGCGACGGUUCGUAUCCGGAACCGAGUCGCGGCACCCGCGACCCCCCGUCGCCGUACUACCCGGGCGGAACCGGCUCGGGAUGGGGGGACCGACCCGGUGCUGUCGAUCCGAUCGGUGCGGCGUCCGGGGCGAACGGCGGCGGGGGUUCAGCGGACGAUGACGAGGCGCUCGCUAGGGCGCUGCAGGCGCGGGAGGAGGAGGAGGAGAGGAGGGUUAGGGAGGCCAGGAGGAGGGCGGGGGCGGGGGUUGGGGACGGUGACGCGGCGCUCGCGGCUAGGUUACAGGCGGAGGAGGACGCCGCCGCCGCCGCCGGGGCUUCCUCCGCGGGGCCCCGCGCGGGUGACGUCGUCGUCGACGACGAGGCACUCGCGAGGGCGCUCCAGGAGGAGGAAGAUCUCGCCGCCGGCGGCGGCGGCGGUUCGACCAGCCGAUUGAACCGACAUCGACGGACGCCCGCCGACUCGGUUCCGCCUGGCGCGUGCCCCGGGUGCCGCGAACAGGUGUCGGCGUUCGGUGGGUACGUCACCGCCAUGGGUGCGAGGUGGCACCGCGGGUGUUUCACGUGCGGGGCGUGCGGGGGCGCGAUCGGCGGGGGGACCUCCUUCGCGACUCGGGACGGCGCUCCUUUCCACCGGUCGUGUUACAGGGAAAAGUUUGCGCCGAGGUGCGGCGUUUGCGACGAAUUCAUCGGGUCAUCGACGGGGGGUACGAACGAAGUGGGGGAUACGAGCGUUCGUUUCAUGACGCACCCGUACUGGGGUACGGUGUUCUGCCCCGAGCACGAGUUCGACGGCACGCGGCGGUGCGACGGGUGCGACCGGAUGGAGGCAAGGGGCGGGAAGGGCGUCGCCACCGGCGGCUACGGGUCGCACGGGGUAACCCGGGGUAACCACUCCUCCUCGGGGGAGUUCGCGGAGCUCCCCGACGGCCGGGCGAUGUGCCUCGAGUGCGCGUCCACGGCUGUGAUCGACGCGGAUCACGACGGCGCCCCAUUGUACGACGACGUGUGCGUGUUUUUUUCCAAGCGCGACUUGCCGCUCCUCCCCGAGCGUCCGCCGCUUCACCUGGUGUCGCAGGACACCCUCAACGACGCGGACGACAAGGAAGGUUGGCACAGGGGUCGUACCGCGCGCACCCGGGGUUUGUGCCUGUUCGAGGAACACGUCGUGUACACCGUGGAGAGGACGCCGGAUUUCGCGGGGGGGUUCUUCCCGGUGGGUUUCAAGGAGCGGGUGGUGGGGCAGUCGAGGGGCGCCACCGUGGUCAACGCGGUGGUGGUGUUGUACGGGUUACCCGCGGUGUGCGCCGGGGCCAUCUUGGCGCACGAGUGCACGCACGCGUACAUUCGCAUGGCGGGCGGGUACCCGCGCCUGCGACCCAAGGUCGAGGAGGGUCUGUGCCAGCUCAUGGCGCUGCUGUGGGUCGAGCACGUCGCCGCGCACGGGAUCGAGACGAUGGGCGUGGGGGGCGGAAACAAGGACAAGGUUCGUUCGGGCGGCGGUUGGGAGGAGCACAACCUGGCGGCCAUGGCGGGGUUCGUGGCGAACCAGAUCAGGACGGACCCGACGGAGGUGUACGGGGACGGGCUACGAGACGCGCUGGCGGCGUACCAAAAACACGGCCUCGGGGCGGCUUUCGAGCACGUGAGGCGAACCGGGGAGCUGCCGCGGUGA